CAGAGAAGACAUCCUUUUUUUUUUUAACAAGAAAGAGAAAACAUCCUUAGUUGUCUUUAGAUAUCCGCUGGUGGAAAGAAAGCUUCUGUUAUCGGGGUUAUCACCUUAAAAAAAAAAAAAAACUUUCAACCCUCAAGUACAAGUCCUAUCAUAAACAUUUGUUUUCAAUGGCAGGUCGAAGCCUUAAUUGAAAACAGUCUUUGACAUAAGCGGGUCUCAAAGACUGGAGGUCAAGGAGUAUGGCCUGCAUAAAAUAUUGACCUCAUUUACUGAAGAACCUUAGUUAUGGGAACAGGAAACUCAUUUUCACUGGAGAACAGGACCUUUGAUCAGUGACCUGUCUUUGCAUCUACUGGAGAACAGUCAAUAUUAUACACUGGAAAACAAUCCCUUCGAACAGAAGUUAUCCCUGUUCAGUCAAGCGUGGUUUUUCUUCAAAGAAAAGUUUAUCUCAUUAGGAGUAUCCAUUUUAUCUCAUUAGGAGUAUCCAUUGUUAAAAGCUGGUUUUGAAUUCCCGAAAGACAUUCUUGAUUCGUGGAACCAUUCAUCGUAGGACAUUUUCCAGCAAUAGAUCAUUUAAAUCACUGGUUAGCAGUAAUCAUCAUUAGACAUUAUCAGGAUAAUUCACUUUAGACUUUCCAUCAUAAAAACGCCAUCCUUCCUGAGGCUACUAUCCUCUUUCAGCAGUCAGCUCAAGUCAGCAAAGGACAUUUUAGUCAAUACAGAUAUUUACCAUAAACUAUACCUAAAAAGCAAUUCCCCUUUGCCUAUUUAAGUAUAAGUAUUCUUCUUUAAUGGCACUGAAAGAUAUACUGGGGAAAGGAAGCCUGUUCUCUCCCUUUCAAUCUCUUUUGGUGUCUAUUCUCUCUGCACCUCUUUUACUUGUUGCCACACACAACCUCAUGCAGAUUUUUACAGCUGCAGUUCCACCACAUCACUGUCAAUCCAACCUUACAUGGGACCAACUCCGUUCCCAAAAAGACUCCUGCAAUCGCUACAUCUCUUUGCUGUCCAAUGCCACUGAACCCUGCAAGCCAGGUGACUGGAAAUAUGACCUAAGUACAUACACUUCCACUAUCAUUAAUAAGUGGGAUUUGGUAUGUGAAAGAGAAUGGAUGAAAGAACUUGCACAGUCUAUCUACAUGGCUGGAGUGCUGUCAGGGGCAAUGGUGUAUGGAUCUCUUGCAGACAGGUUUGGACGCCGAAUAGUCAUCUUAUGUUGUCUUCUGCAGACAGCUUUAAUGGGAACUGGGGCUGCCUUUGCUCCUUCCUUCUCACUUUACUGUUUUUUUCGAUUCAUGGCUGGCAUGGGGAUCUGUGGUUUCAUCAUCAAUGACCUUGGAUUAACAAUGGAGUGGACACCAAUAAGAUAUCGUGCCACAGUUUCAGUGUUUCAAAGUACCUGUCUCACAUUUGGUCAGCUUAUCUUGGGAGGAGUGGCAUAUGUCAUAAACGACUGGCACUGGUUGCAGCUGGCACUAUCUGUACCAUACUUUUUUUUCUUUAUACUUGCCUGUUGGGUCCCAGAGUCAUUUCGCUGGCUUGUACUUGCAAAGCAUUCUCGGCAAGCUCUUUGCAAUCUGAAUCGAGUAGCAAGAAUUAAUGGAGACAAAGAUGGAAGCCCUGUUACUCUUGAGAUGCUGAAACUAGAAACUCCAAAUGAUUCCUCAGCGUUGACUUCCAGAAUGACCCCUAUUGAUCUUUUUCGCACCCCAGCUAUGCGGAAAAUUACCAUCUUCCUCUCUAUGACUUGGUUCUCCAGUAGUUUUUGCUUCUUUGCCCUGGCAAUGGAUGUUCAGAAGUUUGGCCUCAGUAUUUAUCUUGUACAGGUAAUUUUUGGAUCUGUAGAACUCCCUUUUAGAGUCUUGAGUACGGUUCUGGCUGCUUACAUUGGAAGACGAUUUGCAGUCUCUGGUUGCCUCAUUCUGGCUGGAGUCCUUAUACUGUGCAGUCUGGCAGUUCCUGAGGACUUAAUAAUAAUGCAAAUAUCUCUCAUUGUGCUAGCCAAGGGACUUUUUGGUUCUUCCAUUGUCUGUAGCUAUCUUUAUACCCCUGAACUCUACCCCACUGUGCUCAGGCAAACAGGGAUGGGAUUCACCAACAUGAUGAUGAGAUUGGGGGCGGUGGUUGCCCCCCUAGUUUUGAUGACCAAAACAUAUGCGCCAUUCUUCCUCCUUGUGAUUUUGGAACAGUGUUCCAUUGUCUGUGGACUGCAAUUUUAUUGCUACCAGAAACUGUCCAACUGUCCUCUACUGGAUACAGUGGAUGAAGUAGAAACUAGAGGCAAGAAUGCUACCCGUAAAAAUCUUGAUACAGAAUCGGUAUAUGGUACCAAGCUCUAGAAGACAUUUAAUUCAUAUGACAAUGUUAAAUUGUGCAAUGUAGCAGCAGUGGGUUCCCUCAUACCGUAGUCUAUACCUGUUUCACAAUAUCAUGGUUAAAUAUUCAUUAAGACACCGGACACCGGAAUUAAGACAUCAGAUGUACCCUCCAGUUCAGUUUCUUUAACCUGCUGACAUUUCUAUAUAUAGGUUUUCAGAACUGCAACAUAAAACUAUAACUACUAGUACAUUUGUCUUUUUACAUGAUCAUGGUAAUGUGUCUCAGACUUGUAGGAACUGUUUUUUUUAUAAUGUAUGUAUCUCCUACAUGAUGGUAAAAUAUUCUAUCUUCCAAACACAGUCUUUUGAAUAGCUAUUGGAUUGUUACAUAAACCAUACACAUAAGAUAAAUAUGUAGGCAAUGCGUCAUUGCUGACCUCCUUCUGAAAAUGCUUGUGUUGGAUAUCCUCUCGGCAAUGAGGGUCAUCUGCCCAAGGCUGUGGAUUGGAUGAAGUCAUCAGUUGCUAAGCAGAACUAAACAUGUGAGCUGUCAAUCUAGUGGCCCGAUAUUUGCAGUCUUAUCCCUUUACAAUAUUAAAGUGCCAAGAUACCACUCUCCAAAAAUAGCCAUUCUGUUCUGUUGGGAUCCUGGGUCUGGAAGUUGACAAUGACUUCAUCAACCUGCCUUUUGGCACAGAGUGAUCCACCCUUUUCAGCCCUCCAUCCCUCAGUCUGGUUCCAGGAGAUGAAGGCUGUGGCAGAGUGUAACCAACAGAAACCAUGGGGUGGAUUUACUUAUUAAACCUGCAGAGUUCAAAA